CGCUGCCGCGUAAGAUUUUCUCACUCUCCGAUUCGAUUCGUCAUCCUACCAUGGGACUCGACCGCGACGCGUGGUUAUCGCUGCAGCGCACGCUCCACGACGCUGUCCAGACCCUAUUGCAAUCGUACACGAGUGGCCGCGACGACCUCUGCAGCGGCUACCGGUUUGCGAAAGCCAAGCAUGGCCAGCACCUCUUUACCCGUACAACAGCGGCGUCGCCCUUUCUUGAGGUGCUCUCGCUCGGCCACUCGGUCCGGUCGCUGGACGACGUCCUCGACCUCUGCUACGCCGCGACGUCGGAAGACCAGCGCAUCCUGGAAGGCCUCGUCCAUGGCGACAAGUACCUCGACGCAGCCGUCCUCGAGACCGUGUUUGCCGCGACGAUCGACGACCCGUUUCGGUGGCUUGGCACCAAGACCAAGCAGAUUUACAUGACGGGCGGCUUUGAAAAGCGAGGCACGACGUUUGUCGAGUAUUCAGGGUCGCUGACCGACGACCUCGGGCAGCGAGUGCUCUUCAUCAUGCGCGAGUCGAUGCCCGGCGACCUCCCGCGCGAUGUGGUCGCCUACCGCCUGCAGUCCAUCUCGCUCUUCAUCGAACACGCGACCGGCCGCGUCCAGGACGUGCACUACAGCUUUGUGGAUCCCCAAGGCAAGUUUCCCGCGUGGCUCUUCAACCAGCAGGUCGCUACACACAUGCCGGUGACGCACCGGAUUUCGAUGCUCGCGCAAAAGAAGCGCCUCCUCCUCGCAGCGAUGCAUCAGCCCGUCGACUACGACGACCGCCGUACCCGCGCCUGUGGCUCCUGCGGUGACAAGCUCGGAGUGUUUCAUCACAAGCACGUGUGUCUGGCCUGCCAUCACGUCAUGUGCCGACGAUGCCUCAUCAAAGUUCCGCGAGCGCUCCCGCGCGGCGCAGUGGCCCAAGAACCCUUUUGUAAAAAGUGCUUUGUCGUCGCCAAAGACCCCAAGUUGCCCCUGCACCACCUCGCAUGGAUGGACGAAGAUGCCAUCUUGCACUCGGUGAUUGCGCGCCGCCGCUUCUACUCCAACCAGGCGCACACCGCCAGCGCGAGCGGGGCGACCUUGUUUGACGACAAGUGCCGGCGGUCGAGCGUCGGAGUCCGCAAUAGCUCGAUCACGACGACCGGGUCGCUCGCCGAUCUUCCGGAAGAGCCCGUCUUUGCGGAAAUGGACGCGUGCAUCCAAACGCAGCGCAACCUCGUCGAGCAAAUUCGCCUCCGCCUCCAAGAACCGACGUUCGACUAGAGUCGUUUUAGAUCGACAACCCUAUUUAACGCAAAUAUUAAUACUCGACGUCAAGUAACCGCACACCGCGCACGCGCGGUCGUGUGGCCGUCUGCUGCUCUAUCU